GACGGCACUCGGUACAAGUAUGCAGUUCGGACGAGUCAUGGUGGUGAGUGUAGCCGUUCUUGUGGUGGUGUGCAUGUGUGCGCCGACUUUGGCUUUGGAGAACUACUACCAUCUGCUUGGAGUCGAGCCGACAGCAACGCCCAAGCAGCUCAAACGGGCUUACCGCAAGCUGGCGGUGGCGCUCCACCCGGACAAGAACCCGGAUCCUGAUGCCGAGGACCUGUUUAUCGCAGUUGCUGCGGCGUACGAGGUACUUUCGGACGAGAAAGAGCGGAGGAGGUAUGAUGAUCGCCUCUCGCACUAUCUCCGUACCGGAGAAGAGCUCCGUGAAGGCAUCGACGACGUGCCCAUGGAUCGGUACGAGGCGACCAUGAUGGAUCGGUACCGGACGCGGCAGAGACAGACUCCUGUGCCGACGGUGGUGGCCGGCAUCCUCACGCUCCUCACUUUCUUCCACUACUCGGUCCGCAUGUACAACUAUCGCCACUACUAUGGAAAGGCCCGCGAGGCUGUGGUCAAGAUCAAGGCCUCGGAGCUGAAGAAGGAGCUCAAGAAGAAGGAUCUGUCCAAGAAGGCGCUGCGCAAGGCCAAGAAGAAGCUGAAGGCUCAGCAGGCGUCUGUCGACGAGAGCAUCGAUGAGAACGAGAUUCGCGUCUUUGGCGCAGAGUACCCCACCUGGGAAGAGCUGCUCUUUGUUCGCUUCCUCCUCCUGCCCAAGGCCGCCGUCGACGGCCUCAUCCGGGUCUGGCACCACUCCAUCAUGGGCCACCCGCGCCCGCUUCACCACGCCUUUCCCCACGGCGUCGACCAAUGCAACGAGUUUAUCAACAACUACUACACCAUGGGCCGCAAGCGGCAGGACAUGCUCCUCGAGCACUUUGCCAACCAGGGCUACGACGUCUCGGAACUGCUCGAUGGCGAGGACGAGACCGACGCCGUUGAAGAGGAUGUCCCGCCCGAGAUCAAGCUGUAACUGGCUCAGCCGCCCAGUCGGUGCCGCAGCGGCACCGCCCGCUCCACGGCAUCGACGUCAGCCAGCCGCCGCACCGACGGCGUUGCUUCCACCGGCCGGUGGAAUCCGCGCUGGUAG